GCGGUGUGAGGGAGAAGGGGUGACAGAAACAGUGUGCCUGCCAUUCCAAACAGCGUUGUCGUAGCCUAGUUUACAAACAAACGGGUGAAAGUGUUUUCACUACAUAGCACGAUUCUCAAACGGCAUGCUGACUCACUGGAUGCAUUUAUAUUUUUAUACCCAUUCACAUUUGCCUGUGUGUCAAGGAUACCGAGUGUGAUUUACCGGUGACAGCUUCUCGAUUUGCAUAUAUCGGAUAUUGUGUUUGGGAAUUGAAAAGGAAAUAUUUUAUUGAUAUUUCUUUUUUUUUAAAUAAAUACUCAAUAUUUUAUUUAGUAUGGUGCUGUAAUUUAGUAGAGCUUAUUGUAAUUCAUGCCAACAACGACGCCAAAACAAGAACCGAUAGUUACUAAUGGAAGUGCACUUAGCAACGAUGCGGCGGUGUGUUUGUCAACAUCUAACAACUCGACAAACGGCACACAUAUCGAACAACACCACGAUGGCAAAAGUUCCAAUGUGGUGGCUCCUGCUCAAGCCGUGCUGGCAGCAAGUGACAGCGUAGAUACUUGUGAUACCAACAUGUUAAUUAACGAAUCUGUUAUCUCCAAUGGAGGUGGCAUGGCCCAAAAGCAUACUUCGGAUCAUAGUGAUAAUAACAUUAGAGAUGAAAUGGCCCAAAAGUAUUCCACAAAUCAUAUUGAUAACAUAACUCUGAAGCAUUCUUCUGAUCUUAGUGAUAAUGGUAUAGGAUCUGCACCUUCUCUAAAACAUCCAUCAGAUCAUAGUGAUAAUAGCAGUGGAUAUGCAAUAGCUCCAACAUAUUCCUUUGAUCAAGAUCAUGGUGAUAAUAUUAUAAAAGAUGCAUUUGCCAGGAAACAUUCUACAGAUUAUGGAUACAAUAGUGGAGAUGCAAUGGUACAAAAGCAUUCCUCAGAUCAUAGUGAUAACUCAUCUUCUCUUAGUGAUAUUCAUUUUGAGUCUUCCCAUAAACAUGGUCCAACGUCCAAUUCGUCCACUUCUGUUAGAUUUUCGGAAGACAGUGAUAGUACUUUGUGUUCUUCUGAUAACGGGUUAGGUACUUUAACUAAUAGUGCUCAAAGUAAUAGUAGUUCUAAUUUAGAAUCUCCAACUGAAGGAGCUGCUGGUGCCAAUCCAACCUUGUGGUUGGGUGACGAUCAAAUGCUGUUGCUCCCCGGUAAAAGCAGAUCUGAAGAAAUUGAUUCGAAUUCAACCAAAAGUGAGACUAAAUUAUUCGAAGGUUUGUUGUCUCCCAAUGGCACAAAUAUAUUAUGGGACGAGGAUACUGAUUGGAUAUUGCUAUUUGAUAAUAUGAUACGAUAUGCUGAUCGGCAUCAGCGCACCACUCGAUCUUGUGGCUGUAAAGGCUCUAGAACUGAAGAUGAAACAGAUUCUAAAUCUCAGUCGUCCACCAUAAACAAGAAUGCUGUAAAAAGGGCAAGUAGUGCCCCUCCUGUAAGAAGAGGUGUUUUUACUUCAGCUAAAUCCUUACCUAAUUCAACAACCCCCAAAAGGAAGCCAAGUAUGAAGAGUACAUCAAAACCUAUGUCUUCAGGUAGUGGUGCUGGAGGUGCUGAUGAAGAAAUGUUUAUAAAAUCAUUUGAAGAUGUUCCAAGAAUAUCGAUAUACUCUGCUAAAGAAUUGGAAUCAGAAUUGAGUAAAAUCAAAGAUGUUCUAGGUGACUCUAGUAAUGACUGGGAGAAAAGAGUAGAAAUGUCUAGACGAUUCAGAAGCGUUAUUGUAGCUGGUGGUCAAACUUAUGAUGAGUUUUAUCCCUAUUUAAGACUUCUUGAACACCCUUUCCAAACUAGUGUGAAGGACCUAAGAUCUCAGGUUGUCAGAGAAGCAUGUAUUUCCAUAGCAUUUCUAUCUCAGCAGAUAGGCUCUAAAUUGGAUCAUUUUUCUGAAGCUCUCUUGCCAUCUUUAAUUAAUUUAAUUCCUAAUAGUGCCAAGAUAAUGUCCACAGCUGGAAUAGUUGCCAUACGUUUUAUCAUUAGGUAUACUCAUGUUAGCCGUUUAAUACCCAUCAUAACUUCUCAUCUUCAAUCAAAAUCAAAAGAUAUUAGAAAAACUUGUUUUGAGUUUUUGGAUCAAUUACUAGUGACCUGGCCUACUCACCCCAUGGAAAGACAUGUUCAAACCCUUGCCGAUGCAAUUCGUAGAGGAAUCAGUGAUGCAGAUCCUGAAGCUCGAGCAUUUUCUCGAAAGGCAUUCUGGAGUUUUGCUGAUCAUUUCAGAGAUCAAGCAGAUUGUCUUCUUAAUUCCCUUGACCAUAGUAAACAGAGAAUGCUACAUGAUGAAGUAACUAUGAGCAAUUCAUCUAGUAGUAGUUCUUUAACACAGAGUGGGAAACCUUACAGAUCAACCGUCAAUCACCAUGCUGGUUCUGUAGAAAAUCUUAGCCUUGGUCGCACAGGAACACUGGGCCGAAGAACCGGAAUCUCAAACUUACCUAGUUCUAAAAUCGAUAAUUGUAUACCCAAACCAUUGAGGUCAACUAGUGCUAUUGAUUUGUCGGCUGUUAGGCGUUCCAAAGCUAAUUUUGCUAAGAGUUCUAUGGCUUCUCUUCCUCGAACUCCAGCUGUCAGACGUAAUGACACUUCUAUUCACGCUAUCACUUCUCCCGAACGAGUUAUGAAACCCAGACCGAGAGGAUCACAAUCACAACCAAGCAGUAGACCUGAUUCUCCUUCUUCAAGGUUAAGUUAUGCAACUUACUCCACAUUGGAUGGAAAGUCUAAUAGAACAAGAAAUAAGUCUGGAAUACCAAUCGCUACCAGUAGGGAAGCCAGCCCAACUAGGAGUAGCUUUGGUUUACAUGAAAGACGUCUUAGUGGAUCACGUACCAGGCUAACAGGAGCUGGCGAAAAGUAUUCCUCUUUGACAUCUCCUGUAGUUCCACUAAUGGCAGAACGCACUCUUCAGCAAAGCAGGGAAGCGGAAGUUGCUGUAGCAGAUGCUUUGAGAACACCUGCCAGAAGGAGGUACAAUGCAUUCGAUGAUCAAUCGGAUGAAAGUGAAACAUCUAGUGUAUGCUCAGAUCGUUCAUUCAGCUCUUUCGGAAGGAGUGUGGAUGACAUCAAUGAAGUGAUACACAACCUACACAGUAUUCAUUGGUCUGAUCGCAAAGAAGGUCUUCAAGCUCUACAGGCUUACUUUCGUUCAGGUCGGAUUCUAUCUCACAUUGAGCUGAAGAAAGUUACAGACAUCUUCUCAAAAAUCUUCAUGGACCCUCAUACCAAGAUGUUGGUGUUUUCACUGUUUCUUGAUACUUUGAAUGAGCUUAUUAUAGUUCACAAAAAUGAUUUGAGUAAUUGGCUGUACAUUUUAAUGACCAGACUUUUCUUGAAAAUGGGAAAUGACCUACUGAACUCAGUGCUUAAAAAAGUUCAAAACACUUUAGAAUUAGUAAAGGAGUCUUUUCCACUAGAGAACCAAUUUAAUGCCAUUAUGAAAUUUUUGAAUGAUCAAACUCAAACCCCUAAUAACAAGUGCAAGCUGGUGAUAUUGAAAUAUUUGCACUCCUUAAUUAAUGAAAUGGAUCCAAGCAAGUUCUCAAGCUCUAGUUCUGAAGUGAGAGUUGCUUUCAUGAAAGUAAUUUCUUGGAAUGUGGGCCCAAAAACUAGUGAUCUGAGAAAAGCUGGUGAAGAUGUUCUGGCAGCUCUCUUUAGUCUCAACCCUGCUGAAUAUUCCAAUUUAAUCGAUCAAGUACCAAAAGCAUACAAAGACAGUGCUUUCCAGUUGCUCCAUUCCCGAUAUCCACGGUCAAAUCCUGACACACCACGAUCGUUAGGGAAUAGAACAUCUCCUUGCCCUGUUAUGUCUCAUAUUCAAUCUCCAAAUUCAGGUCUACCUUGGCCGAGAAGUCAUGGUGGUACACCACAGAACAGAUCAUUUGAAUAUGAUGAUACAGAAAAUCUAAAUCCUGAGGAAAUCAGCAAUUCUUGGAAAAAGACAGUGUCUGAAAUUGAAGAGUACAAGUCUGAUGACUUUUAUGAUAAAAUAAUUCGGGAUUCGCCCUCUUCAAGACAUAAUAGCCUUCAGGGACAAUAUGACAACAUAGUUGGACUUGUGGGACGUUUAGACUUAAAUUCUAGCGCUGAAUCCUCCCCAACUAAAAGAUCACCUACUGACUACAGUAGCACAAAUUUUCCUAGAAAUGAAGCUGCCUUAUUUGAAAGAGAUCCAGCUUUAAUAGACAAUGCAAUCGAUGAUCACAAAACUAUUUAUUCUAUAGUUGAUGAAUUAAAUCAAAGUUCAAGGAACGAGAAAAAAAUUCAAGCUUUGGGUCGACUGAUAUGUCUUACAAGAGAACAGUCUUUCAUAAUAUCUAAUGAAGAUUUCCGUGUAAUCUUGCGGGAAGUAAUUCAAACAGUGGCUGACACAUCUCUCCCGGUGAAGACAUUGGCUUUGAAUGCUUUGUGUGAGCUAAUUAAAACAAAACCUGACUACUUCCAGGAUUACGUAGAACUUACCUUGUUAAGAAUUCUGGAAGCUCAAAAGUUUACUGAAGCUGAUCAUUUACAGGUUACCAAAAUGGCAGACAUGUGUGCAGCUGUUGCCGCUGUUAAUUUACCACCCGAUCAGUGUGUGAGAGUAUUAAAUGCUCUAAUACUUUCUGAACAAAUGCAUAUGACUCAGGCAGCCAUCAAAAUGUUAACUAAGCUUGUUGAACAUCAUCCAACAAAAAUUGUUACAAAUCUUCUACCAGAUAUUAUGCCAGCACUGUUAAAGGCUUAUGAUCAUAUUGAAAGUCCAGUGAGAAAAGCUGCAGUAUUUUCAAUGGUAGCUAUCCAUUGCAAGGUGGGGGAGACUAUGAUGCAGCCUUAUUUAUCUAGUUUAAAUAGCUGUAAGAAAAAACUUCUAAAUGUCUACAUCAAGAAAGCUCAGCAGGCUCAGAAUGGUGGGAGUGACAGCACGCCAGGGUCACCAGGCAAUCCUCCAUCCUCUAGCAGCCAGUAAACCUUUCUCUAGCCAGAAAAAAAAGGGGAAAAACCACUUGCACCACCACUGAGCUAUUGAUUUUCAGAAGGACAUAUAACUUGACUCAGCAGCAAGAGCCGCUGGUGUGGCUUUAACUACUAAUGAUUGAUUACUUCUUAUAAUUAGCAAUCAUUAACAUCAAGGAAAAUGUGCACUCUGCACAAUAUUUUCUUCUUCAUAAUGUAGUUUUAAUUUAUCUAAUAUUAUACCAAGGAAAGGUUUUUUUUUAUAUGAUCUCAGACAAGUGAAACACAAACAGAAAUUAAUUUAUAUUUUGAAAUUUCUAUAGUUGUAUAAUAUAAACUGUAGCUCUUUAAAUCUGCAUGAAAUAAUCUUUUUUGUAAUUUUAUAUAUGUAUAUCUAAUAUUGUAAACUAACCCUUGGGUUUGGUAUAGUGUAAAUAAUAUUAUUCCCAACCAUUUGCCUUUUUUCCUCCCCUCUUAUUAAAUGGAACAUUAAAAAUAAAUUUUUUAAAGUGACAGUGGUUCCCAAAAUGUUUAUCUUUUAAAUAAUUAAGCUGGGUGUUUAACUAGGAAAAAUUAAGGUAACUAUGGAGAAAACUGUAACAGAACAGUUUUAAAAUAACCUUUGUUUGUGAUGAAUCUGGCUAAGGUCUUAAUUAACAAGCACUAUAGCAAGUACUUUAGUUAGUGCCAUUUAUUAAUUUAAAAACUUAGCAAGAACCAAUUUUCUGGUUUUCUAAGCAGAAAACAGCAGACUUUUUCAAAUAAUCGGUUAUUUUGAGAGAACCUAGUAAUUGUCAUGCGAUAUUGUAUAUGCAAUUAAAUUACAUGCUAGAUCCACGGAUGAAACAAUCAAUAAAGCUUUCAAUAUUUUUAAACAAAUAAUAUGGGAUUGAUAAAUGUUUUAAUUUUCAAAUGUUAAGCUUGUAGCCACUGCUGUUAAAGUUCAGUUGAAUGUAAAAGUGAUACAUUUUCUGAAAAUUAAUAUAGUAAAUUGCUUAUGCAUAAUUUUGUAGUUGAAAUUAUUAAAAAGGAUCCGAAAAUGUUUCAAGAUAAGUUUUUCCGCUAUUCACGAAGCUGUUAAAUGAUAAGUUUUUUAAUAACACAUUUCUGUGAUAUAAGAUAACCUCACUAUAAUUAUCAUUUUUCUUAGUAUUUAUUUCUCUCUGUUGAUGGGAACCCCUGUUCGUUAUUUUAAGAUGAAUAAAAAAAUAAACAUUAGUUGACAUUUGAUUUGUCUUCAAACAUUUUAAAGUUUAUUUCAAACUUUUUUUUAAAUGCAAAAAUUAUAAGUGAAAGCUUGUGCAUGAUUCAUCAUAUAAAUUUAAAUGUACAUAGUUGGUAAAAUUAUCCAUGAUUUUAAAGAAAAAUUUCUUUUAAUGUUUCAAAUUGCAUUAACGAAGUGUUGUGAAUUGUAUGUGCAAAUUGUAAAAAAUUUGAGUGAGAAUCAAGAAUGAUUGUAAGAUGAAACUUUUUUUUUUUUUGUAUGAAUAUAAAGUGCUCAGUUUAAAUUCAAAAUACUAACAAUUUUAUUAAUCGAAAUAUGUACUUGAUUGCAAAAUACUUUUAGUAUGAAGGAAUAACGUUAGCGUAUUUUUAAAGGAGAGCCUUCACACCGACACAAGUUUAUUUCAUAAUAAAUUAGAUUUCAGAAUGUGGAGAGUUGAUGAAAGUCAAAAUGGCUACCUCCAUAAUGUGACAUAAGCAAGGUAGUUUUGAUUUGUGAUGUGUUUUAACUCUAACAAAAUCACAUUUUGAAAACUGAAUUCAUAAACUUUCCUCUAAAUACAAAAUUUUAUUGAGUUAUGACUACCAUGGUGAUGAGUUCUGUGCAUUUUUUAAUCAUGUGUUUUGUUUGAAAUCUAGCAGUAUAGAGGAAUGUGCUUAUUUUAUUAUGUGUAUAUAUUGAAAGAGCUUUAGUUUUUUAAAAG